AUGCCGAUGCUCCCUGGGCAAAGCUGCCCAGGACAGUCUGCAGCCGCGAGUCAGGUGUCCUCGAGCUUCCUUCGAGAGGAUGCAGGGAGGCUUUUGGAGCAGGCUCAGCAUAUCCGCCGGCAGCUGUUCCGAGCGCGAGCCAAAGUUGAGGACGCAAAGGCGAGCGCUCAGGACAGAUCUUUCAGUAUCUUGCGGCUGGCGCAAGAAACGGAUGGUCUCAUCGGGCCGAGCUUGGCCUCCGGGGACCGAGACCUGCGAGACCAGAAGGACGGAUGUGUUGAUGCGGAGAAGGAAGCGGACUUCGAUGCCUUCGAGGAGCCAGAGCUGAGAGCGCUGGCGGCCCACGCUGAAGAAGCUGAGCGGCGCGAGCGGGAGGCAGUCGAAGAGGUGGAAAGCCUCCGUCAGGCCUUGGAGCGAACUGGGCUCAGGCGGCCGGAGGGCAAGUCCAACCAGCCACUAGCAGCUGUGCUUGAUGCCGUCGCUGGAGGGCUUCCUUUGCAGGAACAGAUGUGCUACGAGUGGUUGCGAAUGUUGCGACACGACAAGCCUGCACACAGCGCUCUCAUGAUUGUCGAGGCAGAGUGCGAUGUUUGGGAAGACCGCCUUCACAGCCUCUUGGCUCCAGAGGCCUGCAAACCCGGCUUCCGGCAGCAGGGCCUCGAUCGCUUGCAAGCGGAGCUAUCGGAUCUGACGUCAGAAGAACGAAUGCGGAAAACUAGUUGCAGCACAUGUCUGCAGCUUCUCUCCCAGAAGGCUGAGCAACACGCUUGGCGUGACUUGGAGGUGGUCUAUGCGCUCGUAGAUGACUUGCGGUGUGCCAAUGACAUGCAAGCCGGGGAAAAGGCCAAAGAGCACUGGCACAUGGCUUCUGUUGCCAAGGAGCGGCCGGGUCUUCCACAUCCACAUGGAUCUGUGGAGGCAGGGCCAGGGCCCUCCGCCGGGCUGCCUCCCGGCCCGAAGUUCUUCUCCGUCGCGCAGCUGCUCCAGAGCCAGAGCCAGGACACGGCCCCAGCUGAGCCCGAUGAUCUUCCGAGAAUGCCUCCCGCCGUCCUGUCUCCUGCCGAGUGGGCAACUUCCAGUCCUUGCCAGGCUUCCCAUGGCUUGUCGUUUCUCUAUGGGCCGACCAGCCAAGCUCGGCUUCAGCCCGUCAAGGCUCGCGCCACAUCUCUGGAACAAGGCCGACGAGCGCAGUACUGCUUCGAGCCGUCCAUAUUCUCUGCAGCAGGAGAAAGCAUAGAACACGCUCGGAGUGUCGAUACGAUGCAGCAAAGCACAGAGCUCCUUCGACAAGUGUUCGAGGAACCGCUUAGUGAAGCCAUUGGCACGCGACGUCCUACGUCGAGCAGUUCCACACUAGCAGGGCACAAGGUGCCACCCUCACUGGCUGACCGCCCCAGUCGAGCUGGCUGGGUCACGUUUGAAGCACGUGGGGCAGUGAGGCACCCUUUGCCAGAAGCGGAAGCCUUGCAGAAUGACGUUAUUUCACGGGGAUCGCCAGAGCAAGGUGAACACCCGUCGCAAUGGGAUUUCGCUUGGCCGGACAGUGUUGUCCCUCUGACGUCGCAACACGGCACACAGGUGGCAGUGCUGCUGUUGUUCGGGACGCAUUGCCUCCUUGCAGACAUACCAUUUCAUGUUCGCCAAGAAGCUGCAGAAGCCAAGAAAACUGCGGCCUCAAAGAGGUCAGGUGGAGCAAGCGCACGACUGACUGCACAGGCCUUGAAACCUAUCAACACCGUUGUCUACGGAAUUCAGGAUCUCAGCAGGCCGUCACCGUCAUCAGCUCGUCUGGAGCCCGACGACGCGGCACAACGGCAAGCUCGUGGCUUCCAUUUCCAAGACAUGACAGCAGUUACAGAGAUGGAGGGUGGUCGGGUGAUUGAGUUACACACUGACAGCAUCAGCGGCACCCUGGCCCUGCCUCUUUUCUCUGCACCACUUGGGCAGGCAAGUCGGGAUGCACUGGUAUCUGGAUUCCGGUCUGCUCUGGAAGAUGGAAGGAUCGCGUCCUGGUCGACAUUUUCGAAGACAUUUCGAAGCGAAGAUAAAAAUUCGAGGCUUUCGGAACCACAGGGUGAUGCAGCAGCUGGAGCUGGCUUGCGGAAGCUAGUGGUUUGGGAAGUUGAGCGCAGACUUCCAACGGCCUCCGAAUGGAAGACCCCCUUCCUCCCAACGGAUGCUGGGCUGACGUGGCGCUGGGUGGACACACGCGGGCGGCGCCACCCGAACCUGUCGCUAGGCUUGACACGUUUGCAAGCUGCGGGCAGCAAGACUCCUCCUUGCAGGAUCGGGAGCCUCUAUCGGCCUACCUCAGAUUGGCAGCUUGAAACCGGACCUGAAACCGACCAUCAUGGAUGGUCGUAUGGCAUGGCUUGGAACUCCUCAAGCUGGGAGCCGGCUCCUAGCCCACUGGAAGUUUUACGACGAAGACGUUGGACAAGGACUUUCACUUGA